GCCGACGUUCGUUAUUGACAAGCACAGUAACACGAAGAUUAUUGUAAUUAUUUUUUUGAAAACUAAAAUAUAUCAGGAAGCAGCUAUUGAAAAUUUUUGCAUUAAACAAAGAAAAUAAUUAAACGGACACCGUUUUGGUAUCAUACAUACAUAGAUUUUGAAAAGGAUCCAUCAUGUCUGAUGUAAACAUUCCUCGCAAGUCUGUACGACUAGCCCUUCGGUCCUUCUGCUAGCGACUUCGUCCGCGUUGGAUUCGGACUUUGUGCAAAGAGAGGAAGAAAUAAUAAACACCAGCCUAUCCUAUUAGGUAUUUAAAUCUUGCCGUCCUACUAACCCAACAAGAUCCACAAUUAGUUAAAAUUAUUAUUCUUCUCAAAAUUGUUUCAAUCAUCACGACGUGCUUCUCAUUUCACUCGUCAGUGGCAGAAUCGUCGAUAUCGACAAUUUGCCAUAAAGAAAAAUAGAAUAGAAAUCAAUACUAACAUCCGGACAUCGAUAUAACAGUUUUGUAUAUCAUAUUAUGUAUGCUAGUUUUAAGGUAUUUAUCUAUGGGCCUUUGAGAAUAAAGAUGAUUUGAUUUGAUUUGAUAUAUAUGUACUACGUACUAGAUAGAACGUUCCGAACAUGUAGUAUACCUUCGUGAGAUGAACUGCAGACUAAACAAAGCCUAAAACAGCAAAUCAGAGCGAUUUUGACACCUGCGUCAGAUGGAUGUCUAAGACACGACAAUUGUAAAUUCAGAAAAUACAUAUCAAGAAAAAAAGGUGCAGUGCCACGAAAGGCUAGUGAUGAACCGAAGAGGAAGAAGCAGUCCGACUCGUUCCUACAAAACGGGCCGUGCUUCGAAGUAGCGCCGCGCCUGGCCAAGUGCCGGGAGUGCCGCUGGUCACCCGCGCAAACAGACAACGACAUGCCGAAUAUCUUGUGCCGGUUCUACGCUUUCCGAAGACUGAAGUACGCCAAAAACAGGCACCUGGCUAUCGCCGGCUUCUCGGAUCCUUACAAAGACGCCGAAGAGGAUGAUAAAAAGCUAUGGCUGUCAUCGUCAGCAGGUGCGGCCGAGUUAGAUAUCGAGAUGAGUUGCUUCCUACUGAGAGUGAUUGGAGACCAGUUCUGUGAACUGCUACAACAAGAGAAGGAGGCGGAAUCCUAUCACCUAAACGAUGAUAAGACGAUAGCAUGGAAACGUGUGGUUCAGGGGGUGAGAGAAAUGUGCGAUGUCUGUGAAACUACACUAUUCAACUUCCACUGGACGUGCGGCAAAUGUGGAUUCGUCGUGUGCUUAGAUUGUUAUAAGUCGCGGACAUCAGGCGGCGAAACUGCAACCCCUCCAACUGAGACCAACAACUCGUCAAACGCCAACAACACCAAUGGCGAGAGAGAUUCCUUUGGUUGGCUGACAUGCACAUCGGGCGGAGCUCACCCAGCAAGACGGCUUCUGCUGACCCAGAUAGCCGCUGGCGGAGCCCUACACGCGGCGGCGGCGCGGGCACAUGCCCUGCGCUCGGCCUUCGCCCUCCCGCCCUGCGCCUGCGGGACUGCGCCCCCCGCGGACCCAGAGACACGCGCGGCCGCGAGGCGGUUACUGCAUCGAGCGCUUAUGAACAAAGUUAAAAAGGAGGAAGUUAAAGAAGAGGCCGCAGCUGCCAACGGCUCGUCACCGGUCAAAUCUGAGAACGGCAAGACUGGUAGCCCAGUCGUCAGGCUUUUCGCCAUACCUCUCAAGAGAGAAGCUGAGGACGAGAAGUCCGAGUCCAGUUCAUCUGACUCCGAAGAUGGAGGGAACUUCUCAGCGUUACGGGAGUUACUCGUCCGAAAGGCGCCAGAGGGCGGUGACACGCCACCUAAAAAGAAACAAAAGAAAAGUACAAGCGACAUCCUCGAUGACGUCAUUUCUAGUGUUGUUGAUGAGAAGAAAGAUGUAGACGGUGAAGUGAAACCGUUUGCGUUGUCGAAUGUAGUGACGCGGUAUGAUAGGAGUGGGCGGAGUCGUGAGGAGCUGCCCAUUCGUAUCAUGACGCUGACGGAGUCGAAGCUGCUGUACCCCCACGUGCCGCACGCGUGGCUGUGCGACGGCAAGCUGCUGCACCUCACCGACCCCAUGCACCCCGGGAACUAUAAACCCUUCCAGGACCAGUGGAAACGCGGUCAACCAGUUCUAGUCUCAGACGUAUCAACCAUUCUCGAUAAAGACUUAUGGAGUCCAGAGAGUUUCUCUCGGGACUUCGGUAAAACGAGAGUUGAUUUGGUCAAUUGUGCGUCCGGUUUAGUGGUACCCAAUCAGUUGGGCAAGAAAUUCUGGGAUGGAUUCGAAUUAGUCGCCAAGAGGUUAGUUGACGAACGCGGGGCUCCAAUGGUGCUCAAACUAAAAGACUGGCCACCGGGCGAAGACUUUGCCAAAGUUCUCCCAGCGCGAUUCGACGAUCUCAUGCGUGCGUUACCAUUAAGUGAAUACACAUCUCGCACUGGGAAAUUAAAUCUAGUUGCGCAAUUACCCGAAUGUUUCGUCCGUCCUGAUCUCGGACCGAAGAUGUACACCGCGUAUGGAGGAGCGGGCGGUACCACUAAUCUUCAUUUGGAUGUCAGUGACGCUGUCAACGUGAUGGUUCACGCCAGCGCUCCGGCAGACGCAGCCGAGAGAGCACGCGAAGCAGCGCGUGCGGCUGAGGAGGCAGGAGUCGACGUGCUGUCGCGUCGCCGAGCACGCGUCAAGCCACCCGCAGCACUUUGGCACAUAUACGCCGCUAAAGAUGCGGAUAAAAUCCGUGAUUUCCUAGUCCGAGCUGAAUUAGAACGAGGAGCGCGACCGCGACCUCAACACAACCCCGUACACGACCAAACUUGGUACCUCGACGCUGCGCUUCGCCAACGCCUGUACCGGGAGUACGGAGUGGAGGGCUAUGCGAUACUGCAGUGCGCCGGAGACGCCGUCUUCAUCCCGGCCGGAGCGCCGCAUCAAGUGAGAAAUCUCCUCGACUGCAUCAAAGUGGCCGAGGACUUCGUGUCACCAGAGAACGUCUCGCGGUGUUUCGAGCUCGCGCAACAGUUUAGGCGGUUGUCUCGCAAGCACUCCAACAAAGAAGAUAAGCUACAGAUAAAGAAUAUUGUGUACCACGCGGUAAAACAUUCCCUGUGCUGCCUAGAGGAGGCGCUCGCCGAAGCCAAGUGAAGGCGGGCCGGCCUCCUGCAUUUGAUCUCAUUUUGCACCUCAUACCUAACAUUAAUUAUUAUUAUUAAUUGCUAAGUUUCGCAUUUAAACGUAAGAUAGCGAGCGAGUAUGAUAUAGGGCAUGCAAUUUCGGUAAAAUUAAAAUUACCGGUAAAAAUUCGGUAAUUUUGUAUUUAAAAAAAAUGUGAUAUUAUAACAAUAAGAUUGGGUAGUCUCAAAACCAAAAAUAAAUAAAUGUACAAGGUAUAAGGGUGUAAACAUUUUUUGUGACUGGGGCCGUAACAAAAAAAAACAUGUCAGUACCAUCCGUACGCAAUGUCGCCGACAAAAUGCAAGAGAAACGGCUGCGAUCGUACGGACAUGUAAAAAGGAGACCACCUGUUUACAUCGGCAAUGUGAUGUAUUCAAUCUUGACAUACCCGGUCAAAGGCGCAGGGUCAGGCCGGAACUGUGUUGGUUGAGUGUCGUAAUGAAUGACAUGAAUAUCUGCAAACGUGAAGAGGAAGAUGUCUUGCAUAGCGCGAAGUGGAAGAAGAUACGGAAAGUGGACCCCGUCACAAGACGGGAUGAACGCUAAGAAUUACCGUAAAAAAGAAAAACAUUUUUUUAAUUGAAGUGAAAGCCCUUUUUUAUGGUAAAUCAUCAAAUGACAGAGUCUUUCUGUCUAAAACCCAUGUUCCUACGUAGGCAUUUUAUGGACCAGGGUCGCGGUAACUCUUUCGAAGAAUCCCGCAGCCUCGGCAGGCCUUGGCCCUGCUGGGCCCCACUGGGUUUGCUGACAUCUCCUUGAGGAGCCCGUGGAACAACGCGCGCCGCCGACACGGGUAUUUGUCUAUGCAGAUGGAGGAACGAUGAGCCACCCGAACUCACCGCCCACAGACCGACGGCUACGGUGGCCGGUAGUCGUCUCUCGACACUCGGCGGUCGUGGUGUCUUCCUGGUCCACUACAGCGGCGUGGAUGAAAGGUGCGAACUCGCAUUCGCUCCGCCGUCUCCUUCUCGGGCAUGACUGCUUCGCAGAAGGAGGCGACGGCUUCCCAUUCCCUCUCGCUCCGGACCAUGGCUUGAACCAGGGCCGGACGCGAGAGGUCACCGCUGCCUAUUACCUCGACGACGACACGUCGGUACCCUUUCCAGGCAGUGUACACCUGGACUGUGUGCACCACCGUGUCCUCAGAGCUGUCCACAUAGUUGUGACGUAAAAGCCCUUGCUCAGUAAUGUCAUAAAGUAAGUAAAAUAAGCAUAAGCUACAUUUUAACCUAAUAUUAGCUGACAGCUCUGAGGAAAAUCAGAAUAACCGAAUGAAUAAAAUAGCUAUGUUUUUUUCAUAAAAACGUAAAAACCGGUAAGUUUACAUAUUAUUAUUUUAUCGGUAAUUUAAAAAUCGCGAUAAUGGGUUGUUUACCGGUAUUGCAUGCCCUAGUAUGAUACGCGCUGUUCGCCGUCCGUGUAUAAGUUGCCAUGUUAAGCGUCCGAGACGAUUGUGUACCAGUUAUGUGUGUAAGUGUACUCGAAAUGUGAUUUAGUAACAAACGUAUUCGCUCGAAGCAUUAUACAAUUGACUCGUCAUAUAGAUAAGUUUAUCCUAUAACCUACUAGAUUUCUCAAUUGGUUAUGUUACAAAAUGAUAGUUAAAAGAAGAUAGAAAAUGUAUUUUUGUCCUUAUUGCUGUAAGUAUUAGGAAGUUUUUUUGUACUGUGAAAUAAGGUUAUCAAGUUGGAAUAAAAAAAGAUGAUUAUAUG